AUGAGUAAAUAUAAAAACUCAAGUCUAUUAAAUGAUCAAGGAGGGGUUAGACAACCAUCAUUAUCAAAUGGAUCAUCAGUUUUAGGUAUAUCAAAUCAAUUACCACCAAAUUCAUUAUUUCAUUUAUUUUCAACCAAUAAUCAACAAUCAACAACUACACCAACUACAGUAACUAUUCAACCACCUUCAUCAAGUAUUUCAACACCAUCACCUACUACCAACAAUACUGUAAGUGGUGGUGGUGGUAUACAAACAGCUGGAUCAUCAACAUCAUCAGCAUCAUCAGUAGUUGGUGGUGGUGGUGGUACAACAACACCAACUAAUAGUAAUAUAGUAGUGAUUGAAUCUAAUAAAGAGGAUGAUAAAGAAUGUGGCACAAUAUUAAUGGAGAUCAAUAAAGGUAUUAGAAGUGGUAAUUUAGGUGAACAAAUUGAAUCAAUACUUUUCUUUAGUCAUUUAAUUAAAUUUCAUCCAUCACCUUUAAUUGUAAAUUCAGUUAUAACACGUUUAUCCGAUAUUUUUAGAACUACAAGUAACACUGUUAAAUAUCGUAUAUUAAAAGUAUUUCAAGAAUGUUCAUCAGAGAUUCAUAAAGUUUCAAAUAUUGAAGAGGUUUUAAAAAGAAUUCAUUCUGUCAUUCUAUCCAAUGACCCAAUAGCACGUUCAUUAUCUUUAAGAGUAUUAGGUAGUGUACCUCAUUUAAUUGCUGAUAAACUUUAUAUUCAUCAUAGUAUUAGAACAUGUAUGCAAUCACAUGAUCAAGUUGAAUUAGAAGCAACAAUUUUUAUAAUGGAUAAAUUAUGUGAAAUAUCACCAUUAUUUUCAGAUAGUAUUAUUGAAAAAAUUCAUACAGUUAUUCAAAAUGUUGAAACACCACCAAUAACCAAAUUAAAGUAUACCAGAUUAUUUAGACAUAUGCAUCAUAGUCAUUCAAUUGCAACACAAUCUAAAGAGAUGUUAGUUGGUUUAUUGGAUUUAUAUCCUUCUGUUGGUUUCGUUUCUGUAAUUUUAGAUACUUUAACAAAUUUAUCUUUAAAACAUAUCCUUUAUAUUGAUGAUCAUAUUAAAUUUUUAAAGAAUUAUGGAUUUUCAGAUUCAAGAGUUGUAGUUAAAGUUAUAGCAUUAAAAUGUUUACAAAAAUUAGCAAUAACAUCACCACAUUCACAAUUUCCAAUAAUUGAAAUAUUCAAUAUCAUAAAGGAGACACCAUCCAAAUCUUAUAGAGAGAUAAAAUAUAAUGCAUUAUUAUUACUUUCAAUAUUAUCUCAAUCCCAAUAUACAAAGAUAUUGGAAUUGAAUCAAGCAAAUGAUAAUGAUUUAAUUGAUAUUCUUUAUCAAUAUUCAUUAGAUUAUGAUUUUAAACUAUCUGAAUUAUCAAUUCAAACUCUUGUUAAUAUUAUAGUUGAAUCAACUGAUAAUAAUAAUAAUAAUAAUAAUAAUAAUAAUAAUAAUAAUAAUAAUAAUAAUAAUAAUAAUAAUAAUAAUAAUAAUAAUAAUAAUAAUAAUAAAUUAAUAGAAUCAAUAUUGAAUCAAACAGUGAAUAAUAUAUGUGUAAUAUUAAAAACUCAAUUUACAACAUCAACAAAUAACAAUACUAAUAUUAAUGAAAAUAAAUCAACAUUAAAUAAAACAUCAGUUUUUUUAAAAUCAAUAAUUAGAUUAAUUAAAAAGGAUCCAAAACCAUUAAAAUCAAUUACAACUACAAUUAUAUCACUAUUAAAUGAAAUACCUUAUUCAAUUUUAAAAUCAUUAUUCCAUUGUCUAUCAAUGUGUAUACCAAUGAAUAAAUCGGUUUUAAAUCAAAAUGGUUGGUUUAAAUUAAUAUUAGAUUAUUUAAAUAAUUUAAUUAUUAAAGAAAAUAGUGUACAGUUAAUAAACAAUAAUUUCAAUAAUAAUAAUAAUAAUAAUAAUAAUAGUAACAAUAAUAAUAAUAACAUCAUUAAUAGAAAUAACAAUGGUAUUAGUAAUGGAAUAAAUAAGCAAGAUUGUAAAUAUUCAAUACCUAUGUCAAUUUUUAUGUGUAUAUUUAAAACAUUUGAUGAAAAUAAUCAAAAGAUUCAAGAGAUAACAGAGCAACUAUUACCAUUGAUACAAUAUAUUUUAGAGAAUCCAAAACCUGAUCAAUUAUGGAGUUGUUAUAAUUUAGCACAAUUAUCACAACGUCAUGGAUUUCAUAAGAUCGCAAUGGUUAUUUAUUCAACUUUAAUUCAUAAAGUUGAAUCUGAAUGUAAUUACCUUUGGUUAAAAGGUUUAUUAUCUAUUGCAACUUUAGAGAAUGAAAUUUCAAUUUAUAGCAUCACCACCAAUAAAAACAACACUAAUAAUAACAAUAAUAAUAAUAAUUCAAAGAUAUUAAAUCAAUUAUCAAAUUAUCAUACAUCUAUUGUUUCUCUAAAAGCAAGUUCACAGCAAGAAAGAUCACUUCAAUUCCAAGAAGAUUUUAUAUUAUUACAUGAGAAAUAUUUAUUUAAUAUUUUAAAUUUGAAAUCAUUUUUAUUAGAAUGCAACGAUGAUGGCAAUAAUAAUAAUAAUAAUAAUAAUAAUAAUAAUAAUAAUAAUAAUAAUAAUAAUAAUAAUAAUAAUAAUAAUAAUAACGAAAUAUUAUUAAAGAGAUUUUUAAGUAAAUCAUUAAUUUUCAGACAAUUAGAACAAAAAUAUCAAUUACUUUUAAAUAUUCAAUCAAAAUCUAUCAACCAUACAGUUCCUUUAGAUACAAAGCAAAUAUUGGAAUCUUUUAUUUUCUCUUGUAAUUUAAUUGUUAAAUUAAUAGAUUUAAUAGUAAUCAAUAAAAAUAAUAAUAACAAUAACAAUAUCAAUGCAAAUGGUAUUAAUCACCAACAAGAACAAAGAUAUCAACAACAUCAACAAUCACAAAAUCAAGAACUUAUAAACUAUUUCCCACUUUUUAAAUUUUGUGAAUUUAUUCAAAAGAAAUUAAAUCAGCAACACUCAAUACCAUCAUCAUCGUCAUCAUCAUCAUCAACAACAAAUCCAAUAUCAUUUUUAGAUCAAGUUUUGAAUGGUCUAAUUAAAAUACCAAUGGUUUAUCCAAGUUCUUUUUAUUUUAAAUUUUAA